AACUUCGAUGCUUUAUUUGGUUUACGAGUUGUUGAAGGCCACCUACAAGAAAUCGUCAAGUCAAUGGCCGCCAGAUCAUUGAACCCUGCAGACAAGCAGAUGGAGAUGACUUUGCACACACUAGCAGAUGAAGCGACAAAAGCAGCAAACAUGGCAGUACCGCAUACGCAUGACAAAAAUCCUAUUUACUUCAAGUCGAUGUCUAUGUUAGCAAUGAAGCCAUGGGCAUUGCUACGUCACCAUAGAAAAGUUCUAUCUCACCUCCAGUUGAAUCAUACAAAAGUCAAUAAAAAAGCAGUGAUGAUGUCAGAGGAGAACAGCGAGAGGUGCAUUGCUGCAUUAUUAGAUGGCGGAGGGACGGGCAAACCGUGCUCCAUGGAGGACGCGUGUCUUGACAUCAUGUUCACCCGUGGCCUGCCUGCUCAUCAACUUCUGCACCAAGUGCUUUACGUCAUGCUCGGAAAAAUGGCUGGCUGUGCGCAGGCGCUCAAUACUUGGCUACUCACACAUAAACCGCAAAUGUACCUCGAUAAGUUUGAAAUCGAACUUUGUUCGAACAACUAUUACCAGAUGGAAGAGCAGCUGGAGACAGGUCUUAAUCCAGCUCUCGAGGACUUGUUCUAUGAAGAACAGUUUCUCUGUCCUUCCCUCGGGUACAUGGAGUUCCUGUCACCCGAACGACUUUCGUUCAUAUUGAGCAUGCAGAGACCGACUGGUUGUUAUGGAAACGAACCUCCUAGGAGACCAGAGCCAAGAAUCGGACGGGCUCACGGGCGAAAACCGAAUGAUGCAAUACCGCAAUCCUACCUCAAGCCACAGAGAAAACUUCUGCUUGAGAACUACCCCUCAGAUGGAUGUCUGUCGCACAAGACAGCGAUGGCAGCUGGUGCACUUGUCGUGUAUCUACGUUAUUUGCUCUCCGCCGUGCCAGCUAGCUUCUCACAUCUGAGGCUGGACAGAGAGUCGUCAUACACCGUGAAAUAUCAAGCAAACUUGCACGACUACGACGAGGACCACCACAAGAACGUGCUUCCCGAGCCGCCGGCCGCUGCGCUGAUGGCGCGCGCUGACGCUGACGUCAUUGCGGGGGGCGGACGGGAGCGUCCAGGGCAGGGACCCGUCGGCGACCACCCGCGCAACAUCCCGCCGCCCCCGCGCGUCCCCGCGGACGAUCGCCGCGCGGACGCGAACGCGGACGCGGACUCUCCGGAUGAGAACCACCUUCUCGUCAUCCCGCCGCCGCGCGAAGGUGAGGGGGAACGAGGGGGAGAGCGGGAACGAGGGGGAGAGCGGGAGCCGGACGCGGGCAACGUCUACCACAACGCGCAGGCGUUCUACGAGGCGAGGCGCGGCCAGCCGGACGGGCAGGCGGCGCCACGCGUCGAGCCGCCGCUGCCGCCGCCCGGCCGCCUCGACCUGUCGGCGUUGCUCGUCAUCGUCACCUGCCUCGCGCUGCUCGUUGUCAUGUGUCGCGUCGUCGGCGGCCGACGCUUCCUCUACAGGUACAAGCCACUGCUGAAGAUAUGA